AUGACCGAAGAAUAUUUACAGUCUGAAUACCCGGUGAUUUUGGUAUCGAAAAAAGAAAAGGAAAGACUUCGUAGGCCUUGGAGAAGAUCGCUCAUCAUCAAACUUUUGGGUAGAACAGUGGGAUACAACUUCUUGUUGCAAAGAUUACAGCGGAUGUGGAGAACAGAUGCUGCCUUCGACUUAAUAUCCCUAGAUCAAGAUUUUUUUCUAGUAAGAUUUGAAAACCUAAAAGACUAUGAAUCUGUGAAAUUUGGGGGUCCAUACUUGGUGCUAGGCCAUUAUCUUAUCUCCCAGGAGUGGGUACCUAACUUUGUCCCAAAGAACAACAAGGUGCGCAAGAUGCUAGUCUGGAUAAGGUUCCCUGCUUUUCCCAAUGAAUUCUUGAAGAGAAUAGGAAUGCAAAUUGGAAGACCGAUCAGAGUCGAUACUACUACUAGCCUGGCCUCCAAAGGCAAAUUUGCAAGGGUAUGUGUGGAGGUGGAUAUCACAAAGCCACUUGUCUCCAAAUUUGUUUUGGACUUUCAAGAAUGGCCUAUUGAAUAUGAAGGUUUCCACAUGGUGUGCUUCGACUGUGGACUUUAUGGACAUCGCCAGGAUCAAUGUGGCAAGGAAAAUCCCAUCACUGAAAUCUGCCAAACAACAGGUGAAAAAGAAAUGACUAUUGAGAACAGGCCGAACGCAAUAAAGCAAGGACCGCCGGGCAAAUAUGGAGCGUGGAUGCUGGUGACAAGAAAAGACCGAAGAAAUUAG